GUCAAUCAAAUAAAUAAUUAGUUUUUUUUCCAACAUGAAACUUUUAUAGUUUUUCAAAAUUUUCAAGUCUAUUAUUUAUAAACUAAAUUUUUCUUCUACAAUUUCUUAUGAAAGAUACAUUCAAAAUUCUUAGUUAAUUUUCGUGAAUAAAUUUUUCGGCAAAUCCUUUCAAAAUGCGGGAGUGUAUAUCAAUGCAUAUUGGCCAAGCUGGUGUUCAAAUGGGAAAUUCCUGUUGGGAAUUAUAUUGUUUAGAACAUGGAAUACAACCCGAUGGAACAAUGCCUUCCGAUAAAAAAGUAUCAUUUUCCAGUGAUUGUUUUAAUACAUUUUUCAAUGAAACAAGCAGCGGAAAAAUGGUUCCACGUGCAAUUAUGGUCGAUUUGGAGCCAACAGUCGUUGAUGAAGUUCGAGUUGGUCUCUACAAGCAACUCUAUCAUCCGGAGCAAUUGAUAACCGGUAAAGAAGAUGCAGCGAAUAAUUAUGCGAGAGGACACUAUUCAAUUGGUCGAGAAGUAAUUGAAUCGGUAAUGGAUAGAAUUCGACGAUUAACUGAUUUGUGUACUGGACUUCAAGGAUUUUUCGUCUUUCAUUCGUUUGGUGGUGGUACUGGUUCUGGAUUUACAUCACUUUUAAUGCAACGACUCUCAGAAGAUUAUGGAAAGAAAAGCAAACUACAAUUUGCCAUUUAUCCUGCGCCACAAGUAUCAACAGCAGUGGUUGAGCCAUAUAAUGCAACAUUGACAACUCAUUCAACAAUAAGUCAUUCAGAUUGUGCAUUUAUGGUCGAUAAUGAGGCAAUUUAUGAGAUUUGUCGAAAAAAAUUGGGAAUUGAACGACCAAGUUAUGCUAAUUUAAAUCGAUUAAUAAGUCAAGUUGUUUCAUCAAUAACAGCCUCAUUAAGAUUCGAUGGUGCAUUAAAUGUUGAUUUAACGGAAUUUCAAACAAAUCUCGUCCCAUAUCCAAGAAUUCAUUUUCCACUUGCCACAUAUGCGCCAGUUGUUUCGUCUGAUAAAGCAUUUCACGAGGGAAUGUCUGUCGGUGAAAUAACAGCCGAAUGUUUUGAGCCAUCAAAUCAAAUGGUAAAAUGUAAUCCACGUGAAGGAAAAUAUAUGGCCUGUUGUCUUCUUUAUCGAGGCGAUGUUGUACCCAAGGAUGUUAACGCUGCAAUUGCAGCAAUGAAGGGUAAAAGUUCCAUUCGAUUUGUCGAUUGGUGUCCAACUGGCUUUAAAGUUGGUAUAAAUUAUCAACCACCAACUGUUGUUCCUGGAGGCGAUUUGGCAAAAGUUCAACGAGCCGUAUCAAUGUUAUCAAACACAACGGCUAUUGAAGAAGCAUGGUCAAAAUUGAAUCACAAAUUCGAUUUGAUGUACAAUAAAAGAGCUUUCGUUCACUGGUACGUUGGUGAAGGAAUGGAAGAAGGUGAAUUUUCCGAAGCUAGAGAAGAUCUUGCGGCACUCGAAAGAGAUUACGAAGAGGUCUCACUUGAAUCGCCAGCUACGCCAGAUACUUGUUCCGAAUUCUAAACGAAAUUCCAAUAUUUUUUUUUUUUUUUGCUGUAACAUUGAAAAAACAGAUCAAAAAAAUUGCAUUUUUCAGAGCAUAAAAAAAAAUUUGUAUCUUCAACCAAUGAAAUUGUAAAAAUGUAUAAAAUUUUGAAUAUUAGAAAAAAAUAUAGAUUUUACGUCAACUAAAA